GUUUUACCUGGCGAGAUGAUUAUACACAGCAUGUUAUUGGUCAGGAACUCUCAACCAUUCACAAAAUCCACAACAGACGCCCUGAUAUAUUUACAUCUGAAGGACCUGACACAGGAAGGACUUUGGGACAGAAUGCAGAUAAUGAAAGAAAUUAUGAUCUGGAAAAUGAUGUGAACUUGGCCAAGUCUCUUCAUCAAUAUCUUAAAUAUCUUGGUGUUCUCUCCCAGUCUGCAGCUACAAAUCUGUAUCCAAGGAAGAUAAAUGACAAAGCUUCUGUCAAGAGCUACGUCUAUAAUGAUCCUAUCAGGUACUACAUGAUGCAGAAACCCAAAGAGCGAGCACCUCCUUUGGCCCGUGCAUCAACAUCCCGUCAACAGCAUGCUGAAGAUCUCAGUGGGAGGACAUUCAACCAGCCUCAGCCAGACAAGUUCUCGCCAGAGUCAGAAAUGGGGCUCAACCAAAAAAAUCUGCUGGCUGCACUGCAUACGUACAUCACUCAGAACUUGUCAGCACAAAGCAAUGAUAAAAGCUCUCGCAGCAGGACUAAAGGGUCUCACAUUUAUGCUGAUAGAUUCUACUCCUCGCAAGUAAGUCCUUUUGAUGGAGCUUUUGCCAAAGGAAAAGCAGAAGAUUUUAAAACAAAGAAGCUGUUCCAGCCAAUACCUGGGACUGGAGUGCUGGGGCCAACCCCUGAGAUGCUGAAUCAUAAAUCUGCUUCCCAGGAUGAUCCAAAGGACCCUCUGAGUGUAGUGGAUGAGACACUUAUUAAAGAUGUAUUGAAGGACCUAGAGAAACACCACGUGAAUGUGGAGAAUCUCAGCUCAGCAGAACUGGAUGAGAUUGCUGAUACUAUUGCCAAUACAGUUCAAACUGUUGGCAUUCAGGAAGAAACAGAAGAGGGUGCUGGAAAAACUAAAGACAACAAGACAGAAGCACAAAUGAAGAAAGAAGAUGCUCAAGGAAGGGCAGAGGUUCAGACUGGAUUAAUGGAAAACAGUGUUAAUAUACCAGACAAUGGAGUCCGUGAAGCCAGUGCAAGAACCGAUAAAGAGGAGAAGACUGCAAAACUAGUUAACUUCUUGAAUGAGAAUGCAUUACAUGAAAAUAUGCCUAAAGACCUUAUACCUGAAGAAUCUACUAAGACAGAAACCAAGAAAUCUGAAGACACUGACUCUUCUUCCUCAGAAGAAAUAAAUGCUGGUGUGGAAAAUGUAAAAAGUGAGACUUUCUCGAGGGAACUGCCAGCUGUAAAGAACAGUGAAUCUGACUCCAAAGACCCAAGCAAGACCAGCUACUGGAUUAAGAAUGCUUUAAUGCAGGAUGGAAGCUCCUAUGAAGAACCUCAGAAAAAUAUGGGACAAGGCUUACAACUUGAAGUGAAGUCUUCUGAGGAGAAGGAAUACGGCUAUAUUGUGACAGUGAAAGA